UCGUCAAGCGGGCCAUGGGGAGCGGGGCGGCGGCGGCGGCGGCGGGCGCCUGGGCCGGCGAGGGGCCCCCUUGAGCCCCGGCGAGUCCAGCCCGCGUCCUUGGCGAGAUGGAGGCGAAGCGGAAAGAGCCGCGGAAGGCGCUGAGGAUCAAAGUGAUCUCCAUGGGCAACGCGGAGGUGGGCAAGAGCUGCAUUAUAAAGCGAUACUGUGAGAAGAGGUUUGUGCCCAAGUACCUGGCAACAAUUGGCAUCGAUUAUGGUGUCACCAAAGUGCAGGUUCGGGAUCGGGAAAUCAAAGUGAAUAUUUUUGACAUGGCUGGACACCCCUUCUUCUAUGAGGUACGCAAUGAGUUUUACAAGGACACGCAGGGCGUAAUCCUGGUGUAUGAUGUUGGGCUGAAGGAGUCAUUUGAUGCCCUCGACUCGUGGCUCGCGGAGAUGAAACAGGAACUUGGACCACACGGAAACAUGGAGAAUAUUGUCUUUGUAGUUUGUGCCAACAAGGUUGAUUGUACCAAGCACCGUUCUGUGGACGAAAGUGAGGGGCGGCUGUGGGCAGAGAGCAGAGGCUUCCUUUAUUUUGAGACUUCUGCUCAGACUGGAGAAGGAAUCAACGAGAUGUUCCAGACUUUCUACUCUGCCAUCGUUGAUUUGUGCGACAAUGGGGGAAAGCGGCCCAUGGCCAGCAUGAGCGUCAGUUUCACCAAGGAGCAAGCGGACACCAUCCGAAGAAUCCGCAGCAGCAAGGACAGCUGGGACAUGCUGGGUGUCAAGCCAGGGGCCACCAGGGAUGAGGUGAACAAGGCCUACCGGAAGCUGGCGGUGCUUCUCCACCCGGAUAAGUGCAUGGCUCCUGGCAGCGAGGACGCCUUCAAAGCUGUGGUCAAUGCACGGACUGCCUUGCUUAAAAACAUCAAGUGAGAAAGGGAGGAAGCAGCUUCUCCCAAGGACAGCUGAUCCCUUUUGAGAGGGCUGCCCUUCUCCAGUCCAAAUGAGAGACCUCAAGCGUUGCCUUUGAGCAAGGAUGGUAGGAGCAAGAACCAGAGGGAACCACUACAGUUUCCCUUCAUGCACCUCAACCAUCCAGAACUGUCUCCUGCACUGUUGCAACCAGCUCGUCCAUCUGUGGUGGAUUGCCAAAUCCAUCUGAAUGCAUCCGUAGCUGUACUUUCCUCUGCAGGGAAGCUGGCUUUUGAUUGAGUUGACUCUAAAAAAUAUUUAUUCUUUGUUUAAAGAGCUGCUCCUCUGUACUUUGUUAUCCCAAACUUGGUGCUUUUAAGUCCAGCCUUUUCUCCUCCUCACCCUAUGCCUGGCAAUGUAUCCUGUUCCUUUCGAAUGGUCCUCAGUAAGUGAGCUGUGGUUCCCUGCCCUCCCUUGCCCAUGGUCAUAGCUGUAUAAGGUGGUCACCUCACAUAGCAUCUAGCCACUCAGACUGGAGCACAGGGAGGAGUGGCUUAGGGUGGGCUGCCCCAUCCAUGCUAUCUAGAACACCUCAAAAACAUAACUAGAAGUGGAGGAGCAAAGAGGAUGGAGAUAGGAUCAUCCCCUUUUGCUCAUGGGCCUCUGUUCAUUUCCCUUCUUCCAGUCUCCUAAGGCAAUGUGUUUGUCUGACAGGGAAGAUUAACUGGAAAAUGUGCUUGUGAGGGACAGGGGAUAGCAGGAUUCACUCUGAGGCUCUGUGGUUUCCAUCUUUUGCAUCCCUUUGCCUGACUACUCAUAAAGUGACAUUUGCACCUACAGGUGUCACACGAGGCCACUUUUCAGAAAAUUAUCUAGGGAGCACCGAAAUGUUCCAACCGGGAAAGACUCUGAGAUUAUCUCUCUACAGCCCUGCUUCCUGGAGUGUCAACCAUGGGAAAAGGAAGCUUUCUCAUGGAUUACCUUUGGGUCAGAGUUGGAGCUGAGCGAGAACUGCAGGACUGUACCGCUUGGCAUUUCUUGCCUGCCUUCAGUGCAAACUGUUUAGCAUUUGAUCAGAUAAUGGAGGGAGAGAUUUGCACACACACACCCCCAGCCAAAAAUGAUUCCCUCCCCUGCAAUGUUUGUAUAGAUAUAUAUUGAUUCACAUGUGCACUUUAAGUCUUGGGCAAUGGUUUUCAGCUUGCAGACUUGUAUGAACCCCACUGUAGUUUCUUCCCCUCCAAUUGCCCAUGAAGCUCAGUCUUAACAACCAUUGUAAAUGCCUUGUGAUAUAAAUUCCCUGUGAACUUAAGGUUUUGCUGUAUACCCUUGCGAUUGCACUUUCCUGCCUUUGUUUUCUGCCCACGGUGUUGCGUGACUGAGAUCUGCCUUCAUUCCCCCUGCCAUUUUGUUCUCCUGUUGAGCUUUUGACCUUGUGAACUCCCAUCUCCAGGGCAGGCUUUUCUACAUGUGGAAGGUACUGCAAGCCCUCAGCAGUUGGUGUGGUCCCCAACAAAGAUGGCUGUGCAAACCAGAGCAGGCUUGGCACCACAGGAAGCCGCCUUGUACUCAGUCAGACCGUCGGCCCAGCCAGCUCAGUGUUGGCCACAUUCAGUAGCAGCUGCUCUCCAGGGUUUCAGACAAGGGGCAUUCCCUUCAUUACCUAGAAAUGCCACGGAUUGAACCUGUGAUCAUUCAGCAUGCCAAGCAAGUGUUCUGCCACGAGCUAUGUCCCUUUCCCUCAUCAGUCUGCUGUAAGUGCAGGGCUGCCCCACAGAAAAAGGGUACCUUUGUAGAUCUAUACAAAGAUCUAUAUCGUUUAUUUCUACUUCAGGUCUGGCUAUUGGGGCAGCCCAGCAGGCAUGAAACUAAACCAGUGUGGAGGUGGGGGAAAUCCAACGUAAUCUUUCCUAAUAUGAAUUAUAUUUAUCUUUUUUCUCCUUUCUAAGGCAUUUUUUUUUUACCCCUUUGGUUUCAUUCUUGCAUCAUCAUCCCCCCCCCUUCAUUUUGGGUGCAGAGCCUUUACGUGUUCGUUUAACAAGGCUAUUGAAGCUGCAAGCAGCUGUCCCAUCACAAGGAAAGGCUUUGUCGGGAGGUCUUGCUCUGUAACGAAACUGUUCUGCUAAGGUGGCAAAAUCCCAUCCCAUCAGAACCAGAGUGCAACAUGAAGAGAUCAGAGCACCCAAUAAUGCCACUGUGAUUUAUCCGGGUCAGAUCCUGCCCCUGAGAAUGGGCAGCAGCUUCCUGUACUUUUGAUGUGAUGCUGGCAUGCUAAGCGGGGCAUAUUGGGAGGUACCCUGUUUGCUAGUCAAGGCAUUAUUUAUGGGAUGCUUGUAUGGUUCAACUUUGCAUGAUCUCUGUUGAAUCCUCACUUGCGCAGCCUCUUUGGAUGAGCAGGGAAAUAGAAUAAGCCUGGGACAUGGAGCAAAUGUGUGCUCCCUCUUUGCAUCUGCCCGAGAACCUUCCAGCGAUCAUGACCUUGUGACCGAUUUCUCUGUAAAAUUCCCUCCCAGUGCAGGCUUUUCUUCUGAAAGUGGAAAAAGGUAAAUGCAGGGUGACUUUAACUCCAAGCCAUAAAGGCAGGGAUCCCUUUCAAAGCAUUUCCUGCUUUUCAGAAACAGUUCCUACUCUCCACCCACCCCAUUCUCAGCCUGCCUUGUGUGAUAAACGGAUUUGAAUGCACUGUAUUUAUUUGGUAUUUACUUACACUCAACCUCUCUCACCAUACAUCCUAAGGUGUGGAUCAGCUUACUGUGAGCUGACUGAAGAUGUUGGAACGCCAGACACCUGCAUGUUCUUGCAUAGAAAGCGUUUCUUCUUUUGAAGUUUAUGUAUUAUUUUUUUACCAAAUUAAAUUGGAUUUAAAACACA